GCACUGUUUUUUCUACACUGGUGCCAGGUCCACGAAGCCUCAGUUCCUCGUCGACUUUCCCUCGACCCGCUUUGACUUGAAAUUUACUCUUCUUUUCGGAUUUCCUCGCGUCUCGACAGGAGACUGUCGACAGUGACAUGGCUGUCGCGAAAACCGGGAAGAACUCGAACGUCGAGUAUGGCAAUUUCGACGAUGACGACGAUGACAUUGGCGAAGAGCCCGACAACAAGAGCUGCUGGAACAACUUCACGGGUUGUCUGGGAGGCAUGUGGGCAACACGGCAGAUGACAAAGAGCAAAGACAGGGAAAUCUACGUUCGUACCACGCUGCGAGAGUUGGUGGUGUACAUCAUUUUCCUGAUCAUCCUGAUCAUCUUGACAUUCGGAAUGACGAGCACGACGAUGUAUUAUUACACAAACGUGAUGGAGAACCUAUUUAGCCAGUCGCCCUGGGGCAACCCUGACGAGAACCUCGAAGGAGCUACGCAGAUGAUUGACUUCUGGAGCUUUUCGGAAGGACCGCUGCUCGACGGGCUUUACUGGGAGUACUGGUACGACAAAGAUAAUGCAGUCAAGACGGCAGAGGAUGGCACUAAUAUAUUAUACGAGAAUAAACUCCUCGGCGUCCCUCGGUUCCGUCAGUUGAGAGUCCGAGACGACUCUUGCACUGUUCACGACAACUUCAAAUCCGCUAUAACUGUCUGCUAUGACGUUUACUCCGAGAAAGCAGAAGACAAGAACAUGAUCCAGCGCAUCGACAAUUCAGACACGAAGAAAAUCGGUUGGCGGUACUACAAGGAGUCAGAGUUGGAUGGAUCACCUUACUGGGGUAAAUUGACAACUUACAGUGGAGCUGGGUACAUUCAAAAUCUGGCACUGACCCGAGCCGAGUCCGAAGCCAUUAUUCAAGACAUGCGGAAGAACCUGUGGAUCAAUCGCGGAACUCGCGCGGUUUUCAUCGACUUCACGGUCUACAAUGCCAACGUAAAUCUCUUCUGCGUCGUCAAGAUUACUUUCGAAUUCAUGGCAACCGGCGGACUGAUCCCGUCCUGGAACUUCCGGACAGUUAAACUGCUGCGUUACGUGACUCCCAUGGACUACUUCAUCAUGGCCUGCGAAUUCAUCUUCUGCUUCUUUAUCCUGUACUACAUUGUAGAGGAAAUCAUCGAGAUCAAACACAAUGGAUGUUCGUACUUCGCUUCGGUUUGGAACAUCCUUGACAUCGUCGUCAUCGGGAUAUCGGCCUGCUGUAUUGCUUUCUCAGUAUUCAGAUACAUGAAGGUGGAGUCAUUGAUUGGGGACUUGCUGAAAAAUCCGCAAGAAUUUGCAGACUUCGAAUUCCUUGGAUAUUGGCAAACGAGGUACAAUGACGUUGUCGCAGUGUGCAUCUUCUUCGCUUGGAUCAAGAUUUUCAAGUACAUUUCUUUCAACAAGACAAUGACGCAACUCAGCAGCACUUUGUCUCGCUGCGCAAAAGACAUUGCUGGCUUCUCCAUCAUGUUCUUCAUUGUCUUCUUCGCUUUUGCGCAACUCGGGUACUUGCUUUUCGGAACACAGGUCAAAGAUUUCCGAAGUUUUGGUGAUUCAAUUUUCACUCUUCUGCGAACAAUCUUGGGUGACUUCGAUUUCCACGCUAUUGAAGAUGCCAAUCGAGUCCUUGGGCCGAUUUUCUUCAUUUCCUACGUCUUCUUCGUGUUCUUCGUUCUUCUUAACAUGUUCUUGGCCAUUAUCAACGACACUUACUCAGUGGUGAAAGAGGAAAUUGCAAAGCAGAAGAACGAAUUCGAAAUUGCGGAUUACUUUAAGCGAGGUUACAACAAUCUCAUGGGAAAAAUGGGCAAACGGGAUAAACUGAUUGACAUUCAAAACGCACUGAAACUCUCAGACGCCAACAACGAUGGGUCUCUUACGUUCGGCGAAAUCAGGAACAAUCUCAGGAAAUGCAACUUCUCGGACCUCGAGAUUGAAAUGUUCUUUUCGCGUUACGACACCGACGGCGACCGUGCAUUGGACGAAAACGAAAAGCGGCGAAUGUUGGCUGAUUUGGAAGGACGAAAAAUGGAGCUCGAAGAUGAACCCAAGCCCAAGGAGGAAAGAGCGAAAUCUGCUCGACCGAGCACUGCCACUGUUCCUGCAAACGCUGUUUCUUUUGAGGAAUUUUCUCAGCUGCAAAGCCGAGUGAACAGAAUGGAGCAUUCCAUCGGCAGCAUCGUCACCAAGAUCGACGCCAUGUUGGUGAAACUCGACGGGAUGGAGAAAAGCAAAGACAAGAAACGCGAGGCGAUGAACAAAAUGCUCAACGCCAUCACAGAGGACGACCAGGCGAUUGACACGGCGCUUGCCAGUCGACAUCACGGAGACGCCAAGCGCAGACAAAUGGAUGAUUUGAUCAACGCAGAAAUGGACAAUUUGUAGGGGGCGGCGUUAAAACUUCCCGGAUUAUUCCUGAGUUAUCACGCCCAUGCACUGAAACUGCAACAAUGAAGAUACCUCGUCACUCUUCCACCCCUUCAAUAAACCUAGAACCCUUCUCUUAUCAACUAAUUUCCGAUGACUCACGGAAGGACUCGAUCAUUCUUUGGAGGACCAGCGAACAACAAUGUCCCUGUUCUGAUCAUCAGUUCCACAGACUUCUAAAGUUGGAUCGACUCCGUGCGGAUUUUAUUUUCACGGAAACUCCGGGGGAUGACCUGAAGCAAUUCUCAGUCGCACUAUUUUUUAUAUAGUUUUAGGAUUUUGAUCGUGUUUCUCGAGAGGUGGACGAAUUAUUGACAGAUCUUCGAAAGAGAAAUCUUUGGAGAGUGUUCGAGUGGCCUCGGCAUUCCGCGUGCCUUACAAAUAUCCGCGUGUUGAGCUCAACAGGGAGUCAAGAGAAAAUAUCGAUUGGGGAAAAUGCCAAGAAAAAAUUCCCUGGUUCCUUUUUUAAUGAUGACCCGAAGAUGCUGUAUUAUCCACGUUGAAGAAACUAUCAACAGUUCUGCUGAUAUUUAAAAUCAAUUGUCUCUAAGAAACUUCCAUAAAUAUUCAUCUCUGAAUCUUGCUUGAAAAUUCACCGUAGAGUAUAUUUUUGAAAACAUUUCCUCGCAAUUCAUAUUUCGGAAUCAUUAUUUACUCGAGUUCUUUCUCGCUUCAGCAUUUCCUCCCGCGUAAUCUUCUCGUAGGUUGAAAUUGAUAUCCCCGAUGAAAUUUGUUUCAGUGGCAUUUUCUCCAUGCCGACAUUUUUUCAAGGCACCCCUGAAUAGGUAUUGGAGUGAAAGCAUCGACAGUUUUAAUCAUGAAAACGCUCGGACCUUCGGGCUACGGCAAACUCGGUGCACUGGUGGAACCCCAACGGCCUCGGAGGGUUCAAAAGAGACAGAGAGAGGGCUUCACUCGACACCGAAAAAAAAAAUCACCACGGACCUCCGGGCUGACCCAGUGCCCGAUUUUGCCGUCGACCCGCGGAAUUCCGACUGUCGAUCACUUAUUGUCGCCGACGGUGGCUCGCUUGCAUGUAAAUCUUGCGAAGUGGAAGUCUGACGAGCGAAAGAGAUUAUGGAUUAUUUCCCUGAAGAAAAGACA